UAAAAUGCCCCUGGGUGUGAUUGUGAAUGCGGCUACUUGUUUUGAUGUGCCUGUGAUUGGCUGGCAACCAGUUCAGGGUGUACCCUACUUCAUGUCCGUUGACAGCUGGGUUAGUCUCCAGCACUCCCGCGACCCUCGUGAGGAUAAGGGGCUCAGAAAACGGAUGGAUCCAUGGAUGGAGGCCACUGUGUUCUUAGGAAUCUUAAGUACAGCAGAUUUAAAAAAAAUUGUAACCUAAGCUCGAUGACUUUAAUGAUAAUGAUGAUUUUAGCAAAUAGCUGCUUCUUCUUUUCCUUUCAGCUUGUCCCGUUAGGGGUCGCCACAGCGUGUCAUCUUUUUCAAUCUUAGCCUAUCUCCUGCAUCUUCCUCUCUAACUCCAACUGCCCUCAGGUCUUCCCUCACCACAUCCAUAAACCUUCUCUUUGGUCUUCCUCUCGCUCUUUUGCCUGGCAGCUCCAUCCUCAGCACCCUUCCACCAAUAUACUCACUCUCUCUCGUCUCUGAACAUGUCCAAACCAUCGAAGUCUGCUCUCUCGAACCUUGUCAGCAAAACAGAACUUUGGCUGUCCCUCUAUUGAGCUCAUUUCUAAUCCUAUCCAACCUGCUCACUCCGAGCGAGAACCUCAACAUCUUCAUUGCUGCUACUUCCAGUUCUGCUUCCAUCAUACAUGUCGUGUACUAUCUUAACAUACUUCUCUGCCACACCAGACUUAUGCAUGCAGUACCACAGUUCCUCUCUUGGUAUUUUGUCAUAGGCUUUCUCUAGAUCCACAAAGUGUCAUGAUCCUGCUGGUCCAGCCCCGGGUGUGGGUGCCUACGCGGCCGUGCUAAUUGGAAGGCACACACCUGCGCCUCCCCGUUAGAUCGCUGAGGUUCAUGUCCCGUUCCAGCACUCCAGUAUCCCUGAUCGUCAACCCGUGUGUACCGACUUUCGCCUGUUCUCCGACCGACCCCGACCCAGCAGGAAAGACCCGGCGUCGCCGGGACCGACGCAAGGUAGACCGACUGCCGGAGGACCAAGCCUGUCCGAUCCAGGUAGGCUCCACGACGUCCUCCGCUUCUGUGUCAUACGCUCCACCAGCAAGCUAUGAAUACGUCCCGACCACUACCCGUCCAGCACCGCAUAUUCUUCUGGACUCUGACUUUUUGGACUAUGAGGAGGACCUUGAUUUGUAUGACCGGCUGCCUGAGUAUGACUCCGAUUAUUUCGAUUAUGAAUCUCUUCACCUGAUCUUUCAUCCCAGUCAGUUCGGUUCACCUCCCCGCGUUUCCAGCACCCGAGCGUCUUCACCCGGUAGGUCCGAGUACACCACCCAUUUGUGGGAACCCGCUUGGCCAUCUACCCGGGCCCUCCGCGUGACAGCCAGAGGAGACGCCUCGGCCGGGCGCGCCCUUGUGUCUGUGCCAGUUUCGACUGACUCUCUGCCUACUCUCGUUCACGUCGCCGUGGAAACGGAUUCACCACCGCACGACCCCCACAUUUCAACGAAUGAGGAGGUGGAGGAGGUGGGGAGAUCGCCGCCACCGCCUUCUCACGUUCACGUCCAGGAGGAGGUGGUAAGGACGCCGCCGCCGGCUUCUCAUGUUUCCGUCCAGGAGGAGGCGUACCAGCGGCGACCAGUCCGCGGCCGUUCCAUGCCCCUGUCUCAACGGGGACAGGACCUGGGCAGUUCUGAUGAGCCACCUCGGAGCUGGAGACACUUCGGGAUGGCUGUGAGGGUGGCGAUCAUGGCUCUGGUCCUUCUCUCCGUCAUCCUCUUCACUCCUGAUGGUUCCCAGCCGCUUCAUGACCUGGCCUCGCUGGUGACCAAUCUACGGCUGCCUCCUGACCAAUCCCUGGUCAUCUUGCAACAACGGCAUGGGAUCCCCCAUAGGGAUCCUGGACACUAA